UAGUAGAUUGGUGCAAAGGGGUUACCUCAAUUUCAGCCAGACUAAUAAAAGAUCUCAAUUUAGCUCUUGACAAUGCGCGGAAAAACAAUAUACCUUGGAUUCGAGCCAGACUAAUAAAAGAUCUCAAUUUAUCGCGAAGAUACACGUUGAUCACUACCAUGGAUGCAAGAUACCUUGGAUUCGAGCAAAUCAAGAGCAUCUAUGAGGAGGAUUCUGAUUUUCGAGAGAUUUACAAGCUUUGUGAGAAGCAUGGAGAAGGGAAGUACUAUCGACAUGAGGGCUACUUGUUUCGUGGUAAUCAACUUUGCAUACCACGUACUUCACUUCGAGAAUUGAUACUACGAGAAGCUCAUGGAGGAGGAUUGAUGGCACACUUUGGUGUAGCCAAGACUUUGAGUUGCUUACAAGAGCAUUUCUAUUGGCCACAUAUGAAAAGAGAUGUGGAGAGCUUAUGUGCUAGAUGUGUAGAGUGCAAGCAAGCUAAAUCGAAGGUGCAAUCGUCUGGAUUGUACACUCCACUACCCAUUCCCUCGUUACCGUGGGUUGAUAUAUCUAUGGACUUCGUAUUGGGGCUGCCAAGGACAAAGAGAGGUCGAGAUUCUAUCUUUGUGGUGGUGGAUCGAUUCUCAAAGAUGGCACAUUUCAUUCCAUGCCAUAAAACUGACGAUGCGGUUAAUGUGGCGGAUCUGUUCUUCAAAGAGGUGGUGCGACUACAUGGGAUGCCACGCACCAUUGUUUCUGAUCGAGAUGCUAAGUUCUUGAGCUAUUUUUGGAAGACGUUGUGGAGCAAGCUUGGAACGAAGCUCUUGUUUUCGACUACUUGUCACCCUCAAACGGAUGGGCAAACUGAAGUGGUGAAUCGUACUCUAUCUCAAAUGCUUAGAGCCAUCAUCAAGAGCAACAUCAAGACAUGGGAGGACUGCCUACCUCACGUGGAGUUUGCUUACAAUAGAGCCGUGCAUUCGACAACAAAGUAUUCUCCAUUCGAGAUUGUGUAUGGGUUCAAUCUUCUUACCCCAUUGGAUUUGACACCUUUACCUUUGAAGGAGCAAGUAAACAUGGAUGGAGCUAAGAAAGCGGAGUAUGUGAAGAAUCUCCAUGAGAAGGCUCGGCUAAAUAUUGAAAGAAGGACGGAGCAGAUCUUGAAGAACGUCAACAAGCAUAGAAAGGCUCGAAAUUUUGAAGUAGGAGAUUGGGUGUGGGUGCAUAUGAGGAAGGAAAGGUUCCCACAUCAAAGGAGAUCCAAGUUGCUGCCCAGAAGUGAAGGUCCCUUUCAAAUCAUUUCGAAGGUUGGAACGAAUGCGUACAAGCUUGAUCUACCAGGAGAAUACGGCAUAAGUGCAACCUUCAACGUUUCUGAUCUUGCACCAUUUCUGGAUGAUAAUUCGGAUUUGAGGGCAAAUCCUUUUCAAGAGGGAGGGACUGAUGAGGUCAUCAAAGCCAAACACACUCAAGUUGAAGGGCCCAUGACUCGAGCGAGGGCUAAGGCUUUUCGGGAUCAAAUUGCAAGCUAUUUGGCUAAGGAGUUGGAGGGCUUAAGCUUGGAUUUGCUAGAAGGAAAGUCCAUCACACUAUUGAGCUAUGUGGAUCACGAAAUUGGGCUCAAAGGGAGGGAAGGAGGGUCGGCCAUGGAGAAGGAGUCUCAAGGUGUGAAUGGAAUCAACAAUGGAUAAAGAUCAUGGUGUGAACACAAGGUGUGAAAGGAAUUUCAAGUGUGAACACAAGGGGGGGCGGAUUUGAAGGCUAGAUUCAAGGGUAGUUGUUGACUUAGUCUUUUCCUUGUUUGUUAAGGUUUUUGUUUUCCUUGUUUGUUAAGGUUUUGGUUUUCCUUUUUCAAGUAGGAUUUGGUUUUCCUUAGUUGUUUUGUGUUUAGAUUCGUGGGUCUAUAAAUAGGAGUCCAACCAAUGUAUUUUUCAUUCAAGUUUCAGCAAUCAAAUACAAGUGUUUACAAGUUCAAGUGAACGUUUUGCUUAUUCGCUCCUUUGAGGAUUCGGGAGGUUUGAGUGGUCUCUUAUCAACUAGAGAACGCGUCUAGUUGUGGCGAGCAUCGACGAUAUCGAUUGGCCUCUUCCACGGGUUCGAGAUUGUUUGGAAGGUUUCAUAUACCUUCUGGCCCUUCUCACGAGUUCGGAUUUGUUUGAUCGAUUCCGCAAGUAUCUGUAUUUUCGAGUUCAAGAAAGGCGGCAUCAAGAAAAUCAAGAAAGUCAAGAAAAUCAAAGAAUCAAGAAAAUCAAGAAAAGAUCGUUGGAGCUGCGUACUUUAGUCUUAUAAUCCGAGUUCGAGGGUUAUCUUCGGAUUUGGAUCAUAUCAUCCAGAAAGUAUUGAACACUUGUUUUUUAUAUGCCCCUGUGCCACUAGACUGUGGUCGCUUAUGGACCUAAAUGACUUCAUUACCUCGGCCUCGACUGUGAAUUUCAGUCUCUGGUGGCGACAUGUUAUGCUCUCUGAGCACCCCCAAACCCAUGUUCUCUUUAAGCAUUUCCAACCUCAUGCCCAGUCUCUAGCUCGUCAAUGUUUUUUUCCAAGUUCGUGAAGUCUCUUCCUCUCUGCCUUCGGUGACUGCUCCUCCUCUCCAGCCCUCAAGUUGUCGCCUUCCCUCCUGGAUCCCUCCUCCUGAUGGUUUUCUAAAGAUCAACUUUGAUGCUGCUAUUUGUGAUCCGGGUGCUCGUCUGGUCUAGUGGUUCGUGGUACAAACGAGUAUGUGGCUUUGGCAGUAGGGUCUCUUCACCACGGAAUUGCUGAUCCCUACCUCGCAGAACUUCUUGCUGCUAGAGACGCCAUCUCCCUUUUGGUAUCUAAAUCCCUUCCUCGUGUCAUCAUCGAAGGAGAUUCAGAAGUGGUGAUUCGUCAGCUUCGUUAAGGUGUUUCUUCAUAUUCCCUCAUAGGUCCGGUGCUUCGGGAUUGCUUCCUUCUCCUAGCUUCAGUCUCUGUCUCCUUAGAGUUUAGGGAAGUUCCCGAGACUGCUAACAGGGUUGCCCAUAGAGUGGCGCAGAAAGCCAUGUUACUUUCUCCUCUUGAGUUAUGUUCCUUCGACUUUGUUGGGUGGCUUCAUUGAUGUGGUGGGAUGGGAAGGGUCUUGGUAGAUUGUAUAGUUUUCUCUAUUGACAUUUCUUGGGAAAAAAUGAGUUUUUUUAUAAAUAUUAUUUUUUUGG